AUGGCGGCGGCAAUCCGCAAGCGCCCGGCUCUCGAGGGAGCCUGCCCCGCGGUGGCCGGCGGGAAGCGGGCGCGGUACCAGUUCGGGAGCAUCUACGACUACGAGAAGCUCGAGGUGCUCGGGGAGGGCAGCUACGGCGUCGUGGUGAAGGCGCGGGACCGCCGCACGGGCGAGACGGUGGCCGUCAAGUGGAUCAAAAGCGGCGACGGCGGCCAGGGCGCACCCGGCCUCCGCGCGGUUGCCCGCGAGGCCCGCUGCCUCGCCGCGUGCCGCGGCCACCCUUCGAUCGUGCAGGUCAAGGACGUCGCUGCCGACGAGCACACGGGGGACGUGUUCAUCGUCAUGGAGUUCGUCGGGCCCAGCCUCCAGAGCUUCAUCACGCGGCGCUUCUCCGAGGCCGAGACCCGCUCUUGCAUGCGCCAGCUCCUGCGCGGCGCCGAGAAGAUGCACGACACGGGAACGAUCCACCGCGACUUGAAGCCGGACAACAUCCUCGUCGGCCCCGGCGGCGCGCUCAAGAUCUGCGACCUCGGUAUGGCGACGCCGAUGAACCCCGCGGGGACACCGUACCCGGAGGAGUGCGUGUGCACGCUGUGGUACCGCGCGCCGGAGCUGCUCAUGGGCUUCCGGUGCUACGGCCCCGCCGUGGACAUGUGGUCGCUGGGAUGCGUGAUGGCCGAGCUGCUGACCGGCAAGGCCCUGUUCGAGGACGCGGACACCGAGGACGACAUGCUCGCCAAGGUGCUGGACCUGCGGUACGAGAUGACGUCGACAGAGAUUCAGGCGUUCGAGGACCUCCCGGAGCUGUCGGAGGCCGGGCGCGAGGUCUUGUGCGGCUUGCUGAGCUUCGAGCCCGAAGAGCGGCUUACCGCGGCGGACGCGCUCAACCACCGGUGGUUCGCCGAGGAGGACGCGCCCACGUCCCCUGCUCUUUGGUAUCUGCAGGAUCGCCGUAGUUUCUUCACUUUCUUGUAG